GCGGAAAAUAGUUCGCGCACUCAGAGGAAGUUGUAAUCUGAUUGGGAACGUCUAGGGUGGAAACAUGUGGAGAUUGUUAUCACGUUUGUCAUCUGCAAUUUUUGCCCAACCAACCACAAAGUGCUUCUCACAGACACAGCAGUUGUCUUCUCGGACUCUCUUAACCACUGGUGUGUCAACCCUGAACAAUGAGUGUCCAGCCCCUGGUCAGUGUCAGUGGGCCAGUGUGUGUGUCCAGUCUGUGAGAGGGAGGAAGGUCAAGCCACUCUAUAACCCAAGUGCAUGGAAGCGCAUCAACAAACAUGGCAUCCACCAGAGGCUGCAUUCGGAUAAUGGUAUUCACAUACUCUGGAGACGAUUCCUUAAAGGGAGGCACUCUCUUGCUCCUUAUGAGAGACUGCUAAGGGGAUCUAUUAAAGGCAGAAUAUUACCUAAAGCUGCCAAAUGGCUCUGAGGGAACUAUAUAGUCGUUAGAAGGCCAACAUUGAGUGAUUUUGUGAUAGCUAUUUUGCAUGAAGUGAAUGGAAGAUAUGGAUGGACUUCAUUAAAGUUAUUUCCUUCAU